UUUCGACAGUUUUCACUCAAUCGCGCUAUAUCACACACCCUUGCUCUUCCAGCAUCAUUUCCUUCCCAGCAAGACUCAGCUUUCUCUCACAGCAUGCACACCUCCAAUGAGUCCAACCAGGAAGAAGACAAGGCUAAACUCCAGCAAAUGGGCUUACAGCGAAACUUGUGUGGCAACUUCCUGACAUUCAACUGUAAUGGGUCGACUAUCUCCCAUCUACUGAAAAAAACCAUCAAGAUCAGAAAGGCUGUGAUGGAUGGCUUGUCUUAUCCACCAUCUGCUAUUGUGUCUAGUGUCACCAUGGCUGACCCCAGUAAGGAAGACCACACCGGUGACCCUACCAAAGCAAGUAUGACAGAACCACCGUCACUGAUGAACCACCCACCCGCUAUGGCAAGUCCUGAUGUUGACAGAUUGCUGAAACAAUUCCACCAUGCCAAGCGUGCAAGGGUAGAAAACAUCAUCCAGGGCAUGUCGAGUUUACCCAAAGCAAGGCUUCCCAGGGAAGGAGGGAGGAGUGAUGGAGGUACAAGGGAUGGUGGGAAAAUUUUCCAGGCCUGGAAGAGAAAAGGGAGCCUCCCUAAAAAGCAUAGCCACAGGUUGGGAGGAACCUGUUGUGGCAAGAGAGAAGAGUUCAGAAAGCUAAGGGAGCAGCUGUGGGCCACACAGAGGUUCCUUGAGGAGCUUCAGCAGCAGCAGGGCUUCCUUCAGGGUUGUCAGGCGAGCAGCUCCCAGGCAAGGGAUCGGGAGAAGGGCGAGACAGGCUCACCGGAGUGGGACAACAGCAAGAGGGACACACAACCUCCAGAGGGGUCCAACGGCAAGCCUUGCAUGCACCAGGACAAAGAGCAUGAGGGGGGCUUUAGCAAGGAUAAAAUUGAUGGAGGGCAGAUUCCCCAGGAGGACGACAGCCACUUAAUGCUCAACAAAGGACAUAAGAACUUGCUGGAGACUUUGAAGCAGGAGCUAUCCCAAGCCGUGAGUAAGAGCGUUGACCUGGUGUUUGAAAACCUCUCCCCUACUUUAUUUUACCAGUCUCAUCAAGCAAAUGUGAGGCCUGUUCUAUUCGCCAGUUAUAUAAAACCCAGGAAAAAUGUAUUGAUCCCCAGACCUCCAAAACUAUCCCUGGGCAAGGAAGAAAGAUUGCCUGUGGAACUUCAAAAGAAGUCUAAGGUUCCAUUGACAGAAGACCAAACAGAGGCUGAAUCAUUUGUCAUUAGCAAUUCACCUUUGAUUCCCCGCCCCUCAGUGAACCAGAAGGCAAAAAGGCCUUACCACUCUCUCCAGGCACCAGCACAGUUAAACCAGCAAAACUCUCUGCAAGAAGAACAGAUUCUGGAACCCUUCAUGUAUGCUCCAUGUGAUAACCUGGCAAGCCUCCCUUGCAAGUCUCAAGCUGUCUCCCAGGAUUCAAUAACCCGGAACCACUUUAAGGUGAAGCCGAAAGUGAACUCCACUUAUAUGGAUCACCAGGCACAUCCUGUAGCUGUGGGUCCGGAAGGAGUGGGCACUCUUUGCCACUCUCACACAUUUAUGUCCAGGGACCUUCAGGCUGUAAUGGAAAGGAACUUCUUUAUGGCUGUCAACAUUCAGGAAGGUUUAACUCCCAACCAUCUUAAGAAGGCAAAGCUGAUAUUCUUCUACUGCCGAUAUCCCAACUCCAAUGUGCUGAAAACUUUCUUUCCAGAUAUCCAGUUCAAUCGCUGCAUUACUUCCCAGCUCAUCAAGUGGUUCAGCAACUUCCGCGAGUUUUACUACAUCCACAUAGAAAAAUUUUGCCGCCAGUUCAUCGCGGAUGGAGUCAGCAGCGCUUCAGAUCUGUCUGUGACCAGGGAUUCUGAACUGUUCCGAGCCCUCAACAUGCAUUUCAACAAAGGCAAUGACUUCCAGGUCCCUAGCAGAUUUCUGGAGGUUGCUGAAAUUACACUCAGAGAAUUUUUCAAUGCCAUUUCACUGGCCAAAGACCUGGACCCAUCUUGGAAGAAAGCGAUCUACAAGGUCAUCUGUAAACUGGACAGCGAUGUCCCUGAAGUGUUUAAAUCCACCAUUUGCUGGUAG